AUGGCGUUUCCCAGCGGGACCACGUACCACGCAGAUUCUGAUGCCGACGAUGAAUAUGAGAGAAGCGUCAUGACAUCUCCGAUACAAUUGCACACCGACUCGGAAACCUCGUCCGAACCUACUUCCAAUGAACACACGCCUACCACGUUCGACAAUUCGGGGGAGGAUCCAAGUUUGCCCCGGACUAUAAUAACAGAAUGGACACCAGAAGAAUGCGCACAGUUUGUGUCGAGUCUGAACCUGCGGCAGUAUUGCCAGGCCUUUAUUGAUCACGGCAUUGAGGGUGAAGCGUUGGUAGCGCUGAAGCAUGACGAACUGAAAGAGAUGGGCAUUGCAAGUGUGGGACACAGACUCACGAUACUGAAAAAUGUCUACGACCUAAAGGUCAGACAAGAUAUUCCUGUUGAGCCAGAUGACUACAUUCCUCCAACUGCGGAACAGAACCCUCAACACGAGAUGGCCACGAAAGAAGAAAUUACACGCCUAGCACGUUCAAUCAUGCGGCUACGGGACGAGCGCAUCGCACAGGCAGAGGCUCAGUUGACGAAGUUGGCAGAUGACUAUCGUAAGCUGCGACAGGAACUCCUCCCAGUGUUCAAGAUGGCGAAGGAACGCUCUGAACCUCUUCCCUACGCGCCAUAUACAAACACGGCCAUCAGCCCGGAGUUCUACCAACAGGACAUAGUUUCGCCUCCAAUCGUCACGCAGCCGGUACAGGAGAAGACCAGUUUGACUCGUACCUUCUCCAAGAAAUUGGGUCUCAGUUCGACGCCCAAGAACAAUUCUCCCACACAUAUACCGAGCACCAUUCAUGAGGGUAGGACUCUGACAGAUAACACCUCGCUGGAUCCUUCAGCAGCGGCUAGCCUGGCGUCGAAUUCACUAACCGCGUCAAUGUCAGGUGGCCUGUUACCGCAUCCUUCCCCCGGAGUUCCUUCACCAACCUCACCUCUACCCUAUCAGCAUCAACCUCUCGCCCCGCGCUCAUAUCAGCGUGAGGGCAACAGCGGCAUCGCGAGACAUGAUGGUGCAGACGACAUUUCUCGAACCAACCAGAUUAUGGCUGACCGCGAACCUCCGACGUCCGCAAAGUCUGUCUCUGCAAAACUCAACCCGUCCAACUCGACAAUAUCAAACGCGUCCACAUUAAUACCUUCACGAGAGCUAUCUGCCUCGGUUCCACCUCAGCUUCCAUCCAGCGCCGCUGGCGGACAUACUUCCGGCGAAGCCCCGUCUGUCGAGAUUUUCAAAUCUUUCCGUGUUGGUCUGGACGACCCGUGCUACAGAGUGCUCCCAGCCGCUCUCCGAAAAUACAACAUCCAAGCUGACUGGCGUCAAUAUGCAUUAUAUAUUGUCUACGGCGAUCAAGAACGCUGUGUCGGUCUCGAAGAGAAGCCGUUAGCGCUUUUCAAGGAUCUAGACCGCGAAGGCAAGAAGCCCAUGUUCAUGCUUCGCAAAUUGGCAAAUCCUAUCGUCGAGAUUCCUAGUGCCGCAGGUGGAAUGAAACCUCCCGGUCUGGGCGGAGGGGGAGGAAGUCUCUCUAGCGCAGCUUCUGGGAGAACUAUACCAGCUCAAAAUUUGCCUGGGGGGGUGCUCUAG